GAUAUAGCAAUCUGGACGGAAUCUAUCUUAGAAGGUCCAUUUCAACGACCGUUUAUAAAAUUAUUUUUUUAGUGCAAUAAUUGUCUUGAAAAAAAAAUAUUUAUAAAGAGAUAUAUAUUUAGAUUAGAUCCGAGAUGGAUUUUACGAUCAUCCGCAUCCAUUCUGAACCUACCAUGAGUUGGAUACAAUUUGGCCCCAUUUGGAGCGGACCGGGUCGGAACGAGUUCCUAUUCCUGGUUGCCUCCCCAAGUGGCCAUGCCAACGAGACCCAACCCCCUCUUCAAAUUCUCCCGCCAUUCUCUCCACUCAGCGACCAUUCCGUCCAAAGCAAUGAAACCCCCACCCCUCUCCCUCCUCGCCGACCGCUGCUCCUCCAUGAAGCAGCUCCUCCAAGUCCACGCCCAGAUGGUCGUCUCCGGCCGGAUCCACGACAACUACGCCGCCAGCCGCCUCCUCGCCUUCGCCGCCCUCUCCCCCUCCGGCGACCUCCACCACGCCCUCGCCCUCUUCGCCCACACCCCCGACCCCAACUCCUUCAUGUGGAACACCCUCAUCCGCGCCCUCGCCGACUCCCCCUCCCCCUCCGACGCCAUCGAUCUCUACAUCAAGAUGAAAACGCUCGGCUUGCCGCCGGGCAAGCACACCUUUCCUUUUGUCCUCAAAGCCUGCGUCGGCAUCCAUUCUCUCUCCAUCUCCCAGCAGAUCCAAGCACAUGUCUUGAAGCAUGGGUUGGAUUCGGAUUUGUAUGUCGUCAGACUGGUGCGUUGUUAUGCGACAUGCGAAUUCGUGCAUGAUGCCCGCCGGUUGUUUGAUGAAGUUCCUGAGAGAAACUGGAUAAUUUGGACAACGAUGAUCAGCGGGUAUGUUCAGAAUUUCCGCUCCAAUGAAGCUUUGGUCCUCUUCGAUCAGAUGAUUCGGACAGGUGUCGAACCAUGUGAUGCCACUCUGGCGUCGGUGCUGUCGGCCUGUGGGCGAUCAGGUGGGCUGGACUUGGGGAAGAAGAUUCAUUUGUAUAUAAAGGAGAAGGGGAUUGAGAUGGGAGUGAUUCUUGGGACGGCAUUGGUGGAUAUGUAUGCCAAGAAUGGUGCGAUCUCGAUUGCACUUGAAUUGUUUAGGGAAAUGCCAGAGAAGAACACUGCGACAUGGAAUGCGAUGAUUUGUGGAUUGGCUUACCAUGGUCAUGUCAAUGACGCUCUUGAACUGUUCUGGGAGCUGGAAAGGGCAGUGGUCCAUCCCAAUGAUAUUACAUUUGUGGGUGUCCUGUCAGCUUGCUGUCAUGCUGGAUUACUUGAAGUGGGUCGACAGAUUUUUGAUUCGAUGAAGAAGGAUUAUGGGAUUGAGCCGAAAGUAGAGCACUAUGGGUGUAUGGUUGAUCUUCUGGGGCGGAGUGGGAAGUUGGUGGAGGCAGAGAAAUUGAUUAAGGGGAUGAAAUGGCGAGCAGACAUUGUGGUCUUGGGAGCUCUGCUAACAGCCUGUAAGAAUUAUGGGAAUAUCGAGAUUGCAGAGAGGGUGGUGCAGGAGAUAAUCAAAUUGGAACCUGAUAACCAUGGGGUGUUCGUUGUUCUAUCCAAUAUGUAUGCGGAGGUGGGGAGAUGGCAAGAUGUAGUGAGGUUGAGAAAAGUGAUGAGGGAUGGAGGAUUGAAGAAGAUUCCUGGAUGGAGUUGUGUGGAUGGUGAUCGGUAGGCAAAUGAUUCGUAUGCCAACUUGAUUGCCUUUGCCAAAGUUGGAAAAAUUGUGCAGACUAUUGCUUGCAUGGCACAAGAAUGCCUGAGGUAUAAGCUGGUAAUUGUCAUAAUUUAUGCACAUCGCGAAGAUAAAACAAGGGCUCUACUUCAUCAUUGAAAGUUAGCCUACAAAAUGUGAGGAGUUGUUAUUUUGGAUUGAUCUUUGUGUGGUCUUGUCCCUGGAGUAUUUGGUUUCAGGAACCUUUGACAAGGCAACUGAGAUGGGUGCUAUGCAGCCCUCACAGAAAAGAUGCAAAUAAGUUUCUUUCGUGUGCCGAGGAUUUGAUUUUUCUUCAAUGAAUAGAAUCAGAAGUAAGAGGAAAGCAAAAAUGUGUGAAUCAAUCAAAUCAAGGAAAUUUUGAAGCGUAUUGAGUUAAUCAGUGGUUUUAUGUGAAUUGGAUUACUGAAUGCCGCAAUUCGUGCAUUUGUUCACUGUAUUAAUGUGAGUAGCUUAUACAUUUUAGUCAAUUUGUGAAACAAAGAAAACUAAGCAUGAAUAACUGACUUCAUUUGUAAGACUGAAGCAUUAUUGUCUUCUGAACUUCUAUGUUGAAUCGUAUUUAUUUGACCAAUCCGGUUUAUAUUC